AUGUGGUUUCUCUCCAUGCCUCCCAUCCAGGGUGGAGAAGAUGGAAAACAGAAAGUGCAGUUCUCAGAUUCUCUCUCCAGCAAGCCCCUGGAUCUACCCAUUGCCACCUUCUCAACUAGAGUCCCAAAUGAUGCCAAGCUAAUGGUUACUAAUCCUCACAGCAGAAAGACUUUGACAACAAAUCAUGCGGGCAUCGGGACUGAACUAGAACAAGAUGGAGAGCAACAUCACCCUGUGUCCCUAAUGUGGAGAACAUCUGCUAUGUAUCUGAAAGCUUGGCAAAUGACGGGCACAAGAGUUACAGGGACUCCUGCGAGACAAGGGACAUUUAGAAUGUCUGCUCACUUUAUGGUGUCUCGUCUAAGUGACUCAGCACAGAAGACACCAAAACAGCACCACAGCCCCCCGUUUAGUGUUGGAGGCUUCAUUGUGGUUGUUCCAAUACUGAUUCAAGAGCACUGCCUGGCAGUGAACAGGCACGAGGUGGAGAGCCAAGUCCCAGAUACAAUCACCUGUGCUGCUGACUGCUUUCUGACCCUUUGCCAUCUUCCCACAGGACUGAAAAAACGUACAAGGAAGGCCUUUGGAAUACGGAAGAAAGAGAAAGACACUGACUCUACGGGCUCCCCAGAUCGAGAUGGGAUGCAGGGGAACAAAAAGGCCCAGAAGACCCAGCUUCUCUUCACCUCUUGCUUCUGGCUCAGAGCCCUCUCCUUAGCUCUGUCUCAGCAGCCCAGCCCACACGAACCACCCUACCAUAGCAAAGCAGAGUGUGCACGGGAAGGAGGCAAGAAAGCGUCGAAAAAAAGCAACGGGGCACCAAAUGGAUUUUAUGCAGAAAUUGAUUGGGAAAGAUAUAACUCUCCUGAGCUGGAUGAAGAAGGUUACAGCAUCAGACCUGAAGAACCAGGCUCUACCAAAGGAAAGCACUUUUAUUCUUCAAGUGAAUCCGAAGAGGAAGAAGAAUCGCACAAGAAGUUCAACAUCAAGAUUAAGCCAUUGCAGUCAAAGGACAUCCUUAAGAACGCUGCCACGGUAGAUGAGCUGAAGGCUUCAAUAGGCAACAUCGCGCUCUCCCCGUCGCCUGUGAGGAAAAGUCCGAGGCGCAGCCCGGGUGCAAUUAAAAGGAACUUAUCCAGUGAAGAAGUCGCAAGGCCCAGGCGAUCCACCCCGACUCCAGAACUUACAAGCAAGAAGCCUCCAGAUGACACGCUGGCCCUGGCUCCUCUCUUUGGUCCACCGUUAGAAUCAGCUUUCGAUGAGCAGAAGACAGAAGUUCUUUUAGAUCAACCUGAGAUAUGGGGUUCAGGCCAACCAGUUAACCCGAGCAUGGAGUCUCCGAAGCUAGCAAGACCGUUUCCCACUGGAACGCCCCCACCUCUGCCUCCAAAAUCUGUACCAGCCACGCCACCUCGAACGGGCUCCCCCUUAACAGUGGCAACAGGAAAUGACCAGGCAGCCACAGAGGCCAAAAUUGAGAAACUACCAUCCAUCAGUGACCUGGACAGCAUUUUUGGCCCAGUGCUCUCUCCCAAGUCCGUUGCCGUUAACACUGAAGAGAAGUGGGUCCAUUUCUCUGAUGCGUCCCCGGAACAUGUUACUCCAGAGUUGACUCCAAGGGAAAAGGUGGUGACCCCACCAGCCGCAUCAGACAUCCCAGCUGACUCCCCAGCUCCAGGCCCACCUGGCCCCCCAGGCUCCGCAGGUCCCCCAGGGCCUCCUGGUCCUCGCAAUGUACCAUCUCCGCUCAAUUUAGAAGAAAUCCAGAAGAAAGUCGCUGAGCAGACCUUCAUUAAAGAUGAUUACUUAGAAACGCUCUCCUCUCCUAAAGAGUGUGGGUUGGGACAGAGAGCAACUCCACCUCCCCCACCACCACCCACCUACAGGACUGUGGUUUCGUCCCCCGGACCUGGCUCGGGCAGUGGUACGGGGACCACCAGUGGUGCAUCGUCUCCUGCGCGGCCAGCCACCCCCUUAGUCCCUUGCAGUACCACUCCACCUCUGCCUCCUCCCCGGCCUCCAUCCCGGCCAAAGCUACCGCCAGGAAAACCUGGAGUCGGCGAUGUGGCCAGACCCUUUAGCCCACCCAUCCACUCUUCCAGUCCUCCUCCGAUAGCUCCCUUAGCCCGGGCUGAGAGCACUUCUUCAAUUUCGUCGACCAAUUCCUUGAGCGCAGCUACCACUCCCACCGUUGAGAAUGAACAGCCUUCCCUCGUUUGGUUUGACAGAGGAAAGUUUUAUUUGACUUUUGAAGGUUCUUCCAGGGGACCAAGUCCUCUCACUAUGGGGGCACAGGACACCCUCCCAGUUGCUGCAGCAUUCACAGAAACCGUCAACGCCUACUUCAAAGGAGCAGACCCGAGCAAAUGCAUUGUCAAGAUUACGGGAGAGAUGGUCUUGUCCUUCCCUGCCGGCAUCACCAGACACUUUGCCAACAACCCAUCCCCAGCUGCUCUGACUUUUCGGGUGAUAAAUUCCAGCAGGUUAGAGCACGUCCUGCCGAACCCCCAACUUCUCUGCUGUGAUAAUACACAAAAUGAUGCCAAUACCAAGGAAUUCUGGGUAAACAUGCCAAAUCUGAUGACUCACCUAAAGAAAGUCUCUGAACAAAAACCCCAGGCUACAUAUUAUAAUGUGGACAUGCUCAAAUAUCAGGUGUCUGCCCAGGGCAUUCAGUCCACACCUCUGAACUUGGCAGUGAACUGGCGAUGUGAGCCUGCGAGUACUGACCUGCGCAUAGAUUAUAAAUACAACACGGACGCCAUGACCACCGCAGUAGCCCUUAACAACGUGCAGUUCCUGGUCCCCAUAGACGGAGGAGUGACCAAGCUCCAGGCUGUGCUUCCUCCAGCCGUCUGGAAUGCUGAGCAACAAAGAAUAUUAUGGAAAAUUCCUGAUAUCUCUCAGAAGUCAGAAAAUGGAGGCGUAGGUUCUCUACUGGCAAGAUUUCAGCUAUCCGAAGGCCCAAGCAAACCUUCCCCGUUGGUUGUGCAGUUCACGAGUGAAGGAAGCACACUGUCUGGCUGUGACAUCGAGCUUGUUGGGGCAGGGUACCGGUUUUCACUCAUCAAAAAGAGGUUUGCAGCAGGAAAAUACUUGGCAGAUAACUAAUAAAAUCUCAUGCAAGGACUUGGAAGACCCAUGUCCUGGAGAACCGUUGUAUGAGAGACGGGUUUUAAUCUGGUUUGAUGAAAAC